AUGACAAAAGAGAGAGAUAAAGAGAGUUCUUGGAGUCGGAGUCUUAGGAGAGUAAUAAAAGAAAAGAAGUUGAACAUCAACGCGAUCGUGCCUUCAACUUCUGGAACCCACGGUGGCCAAUCACCCAAUUUAGGCGAACCGCCACCACCUCCGCCUCCAGGUGGGCCGCCACGUGGAGGACCUAGAGCUGGACCCACUCACACUGCUCAAAAGCAACGGGUAAGAAAGAGCUUCACCCAGCCAACACGGUGCACCUCGCUGAACCCGCGUGGCAAAACGGUGUUCCUCGAGGAAGAUCCGAAGUGGUUCCAGACGGUCCUCAAGGACUCGCCGUACCUGAAGGCCUACACGGUCAAGUACCGAACCCAGCUCUCCCAGGCCGACCAUCUCCUCUCCUCGUACCGCUCCGAACGCCUCUGCUCAUCGUCCGAUGCGUACCUACGUGGCAACACACGGUGUCGUUUGGCGCUCGAGAAUCUUCCCGACGAGGUGUACGAGACGGAGUGGGAUUUGAUAAUGAUCGACGCGCCGAGAGGGUACUUCGUUGAAGCGCCAGGUAGGAUGGGUGCGAUUUUCUCGACGACGGUCAUGGCGAGGAACAGGAAGGGAUCCGGUGUGACGCACGUGUUCCUGCACGAUGUUGAUCGGAGAGUAGAGAAGGCUUUUGCUGAAGAGUUUCUUUGUAGGAAGUACUUGGUUAAGGCUGUCGGGAGGCUCUGGCAUUUUGAGAUUCCGUCUGCGGCUAAUAACGCUAGUGUUGCUGGGAGUAACUCAGUUACUUUUUGCUAAGUUUAAUUU